ACAUAAUUCGAGUUAAAAACAAUCACUCUAUAUCUGAAGUGCUUUCAAUUGUUAUUAUUAUUUUUUCACAGCAGCCAGUUUGAACGGGCGAAUUCCUUAUCCAACAAGCUGACGGAAAAUGGCUACUCCAUCCCAACCCAUCUACCUCGCUGUGUGCCAAAAGCACACGCAAUCCACCACUGCGGAGACGCUCGAGGCACUGGCGGAGCAGUGCCGCAAGGCCUCAAAGGCAGAUCCCUCGCCGGAUUUGAUUCUAUUCCCCGAGGCCUACAUCGGUGGUUACCCACGAGGCGCCACGUUCGGUGCUGCCGUGGGAGGCCGUACUGCUGAAGGCAGAGAGCAGUAUCUCAACUACUACAAGGAUGCCGUUGACCUAGGCGAUACGCCCGAGGGAGCGGGAGAAAAGUGGGUGAAGAGGGAAUUGGAGGGGCAGGAGGAAGGGACUUCCGGUCGAGUGCGGCGGGGCGACGGGACGCGAGAGAAGCUCGAGCAAGUGGCAAAGGAGACGGGGAUAUUCAUUGUUACGGGGCUGGUUGAGCGGUCUGGUGGCACUCUGUACUGUGCCGUUGUCUAUGUUUGUCCUAAGUUGGGAGUGAUCGGCAAGAGGCGAAAGGUGAUGCCAACUGGAAGUGAACGCUUGAUCUGGGGCCAGGGACAGCCGUCCUCGCUCCGUGCUGUUACAACUGACAUCAAGGGUGUCCAUAUCACGCUCGCGGCUGCAAUCUGCUGGGAGAACUACAUGCCGCUAUUGCGCCAUUCUCUCUACAGCCAGAAUGUCAAUCUCUACCUGGCGCCGACAGCGGACGCGCGUGAGACUUGGUCGGCUCUUAUGACAACCGCAGCUUGCGAGGGAAGAUGCUACGUCCUGAGUGCGAACCAAUGCUUGAAGAAACAGGACCAGCCAGCCUGGAUCUACGGGGAAAAGUCUGAAAGCGAAGACUUUGUGUCCCGAGGUGGUUCAUGCAUCGUAUCCCCGCUAGGAGAAAUGCUUCAAGGGCCUCUGUGGGAGGAUGACGAUAGCAUGAUGAUGGUCGCAGCUGACUUUGAUGAUUGCUUGAGAGGCAGAUUGGACCUGGAUGUCGCUGGAAGUUACUCGAGAAACGAUUCGUUCAAGCUGAGCGUUACGGGACUCGACAUUAGCCCUCCGCUUUGAGGGUUGUCUGGCUUUGUGAGCAGUAUUUCGGUAUCGGAAUAGUAAUUCAGCUUCCGCCGAGGUCCGCUUGUGUAACACAACAGCAGCACAAAGACCAUGGAUGACGGAUUACGAAUUGUGCGACAUGGCUGAUACGGUAGCUGCUAGUACGUAUAGUCGUACCCCGAAAAAAAAUGAUGCGACCCACC